AGUAGGGAGGGAAGGACGAGCGAAUCCAAAAUCAAAUCGAACUCGUCAAAAUUUUCUAAUGCCAGCGGACAAAAAGUCCGCAAAUCCACCGCGUUGCCGUCCAAAUUCACGCCAAAUCCGAAAUAAAUAUAGCCAAACAAAUCGCUCCCAACCUCGCCGUCUCCACCCCGCCUCCCCGUGCAGCUACGUCGGAGCAACCGCUCCCCAGGCGUGCCUCCCCCGCCGCCUCCCUCCCGUCUUCUAUACCCCCCAGCCCUUCCUCCUUCCUCCAUCUCAAACCCCCACAGCCCGCGCCGUGGAGCCCGGAGAGCCGGGGCCCUAGAGCCUAUCGUCGCUGCUGCGGCGGUCGCCGAGGGCCGAGGUAUGGAGCAGAACGGAGAGAGCCACCUCAAGGAGCCACUUCUCCCGGCUUCGGAUGGGGGUUCCGGCGCCUCUCCCGCCAGGGCGUCUCCACGGAAGGAGAAGAAGACAAGGAAGGCCACGUUCAGUGUCCGGGGGAUGUCCUGUGCGUCCUGUGCCGUGUCGAUAGAGACGGUCGUGGCGGGCUUGAAAGGAGUGGAGAGCAUCCAGGUCUCCGCCCUUCAGGGCCAAGCCGUGGUUCAGUACAGGGCGGAAGAAACCGAUGCAAGAACCAUUAAAGAAGCUAUUGAAGACCUCAACUUUGAGGUCGAUGAACUUCAAGAACAAGAAAUUGCUGUGUGCAGGCUUCGGAUAAAAGGAAUGGCUUGUACAAACUGUUCUGAAUCUGUCGAACGGGCACUUCAAAUGGUACCUGGAGUGAAAAAAGCUGCAGUGGGGCUUGCCCUAGAGGAAGCUAAGGUCCACUAUGAUCCAAAUGUCACUAGUCGUGAUCUUAUAAUUGAGGCUGUUGAAGAUGCUGGAUUCGGGGCUGAUCUCAUUAGUUCUGGGGACGAUGUGAACAAAGUGCAUCUAAAACUUGAGGGUGUGAAUUCUCCAGAAGACACCAAAUUCAUUCAGUCAGUACUGGAAGCUGCAGAAGGGGUGAACAAUGUUGAAUGGGACACAGUGGAGCAGACAAUAAAAGUUGUAUAUGACCCUGAUGUCACUGGUCCACGAUUACUUAUUCAGUGCAUUCAGGACGCUGCAAAGCCCCCUAAAUGCUUUAAUGCUAGCUUGCACUCACCACCAAAACAAAGAGAAGCAGAGCGCAAUCAUGAAAUUAGGAAUUACAGGAGCCAAUUUCUCUGGAGUUGUCUGUUUUCGGUUCCCGUGUUCCUGUUCUCCAUGGUUCUUCCCAUGAUUUCUCCUUACGGGGAUUGGUUGUCUUAUAGAAUCUGCAACAACAUGACGAUAGGUAUGCUGCUGCGGUGGUUGCUAUGUUCUCCAGUCCAGUUUAUUGUUGGUCAGAGGUUUUACAUUGGAGCUUAUCAUGCACUGAAACGAGGAUACUCAAACAUGGAUGUGCUGGUUGCUUUGGGAACAAAUGCUGCCUACUUCUAUUCUGUGUAUAUAGUUCUGAAAGCACUAACAUCAGACUCAUUUGAAGGACAAGAUUUUUUUGAAACUAGUUCUAUGUUGAUAUCUUUUAUAUUGCUGGGGAAAUAUCUGGAGGUGGUGGCAAAGGGAAAGACGUCUGAUGCUUUGUCAAAGUUGACGGAACUUGCACCAGAAACAGCUUGUCUUCUUACCUUCGACAAGGAUGGAAAUGCCAUUUCAGAAACGGAGAUCAGCACCCAAUUACUUCAAAGAAAUGAUGUCAUUAAGAUUGUACCUGGUGAAAAAGUCCCUGUUGAUGGCGUUGUCAUCAAAGGCCAAAGCCAUGUCAAUGAAAGUAUGAUAACUGGGGAAGCAAGGCCUAUAGCCAAGAAACCAGGAGACAGGGUUAUUGGGGGGACUGUAAACGAUAACGGUUGCAUAAUUGUUAAGGUCACUCAUGUUGGGUCAGAAACAGCACUGUCGCAAAUUGUUCAGUUGGUUGAAGCUGCUCAACUUGCAAGAGCUCCAGUGCAGAAAUUGGCAGACAAGAUUUCAAGGUUUUUUGUUCCAACUGUUGUGGUGGCUGCAUUUCUUACAUGGCUUGGUUGGUUCAUACCUGGGCACCUUCACCUCUACCCCCAACAAUGGAUUCCGAAGGCCAUGGAUAGCUUUGAGCUUGCUCUGCAGUUUGGAAUUUCUGUUCUAGUUGUUGCAUGCCCAUGCGCUCUGGGUCUGGCUACACCAACUGCUGUUAUGGUUGCCACUGGAAAAGGUGCGUCUCAAGGUGUUCUCAUCAAGGGUGGAAAUGCACUCGAGAAAGCUCACAAGGUUAAAGUUAUCAUAUUUGAUAAAACUGGAACCCUGACUGUUGGUAAACCUUCUGUCGUUCAAACAAAAGUCUUCUCGAAGAUACCACUUCUAGAACUGUGCGAUUUGGCUGCUGGUGCUGAGGCAAACAGUGAGCAUCCUCUAUCAAAAGCUAUAGUUGAGCACACAAAGAAGCUCAGGGAACAAUAUGCAUCUCACAGUGACCACAUGAUGGAAUCGAAGGACUUUGAGGUGCAUCCAGGGGCAGGGGUCAGUGCCAACGUUGAAGGCAAGCUGGUUUUGGUUGGAAAUAAGAGGCUCAUGCAAGAAUUUGAAGUUCUAUUGAGCCCGGAAGUGGAGGCAUACAUGUCCGAAACUGAAGAGCUUGCUAGGACCUGUGUGCUUGUUGCUAUCGAUAAGAUUAUCUGCGGGGCUCUUGCUGUGUCGGAUCCUCUGAAGCCUGAGGCAGGCCGUGUCAUUUCGUACCUUAACUCAAUGGGCAUCUCCAGUAUCAUGGUGACAGGUGAUAAUUGGGCUACAGCGAAAUCCAUAGCAAAGGAAGUCGGGAUCAGCGCUGUAUUUGCUGAGAUCGAUCCGGUUGGAAAAGCUGAAAAGAUCAAGGACCUGCAGAUGCAAGGGUUGACGGUGGCGAUGGUUGGCGAUGGGAUCAAUGACUCGCCAGCCCUGGCGGCAGCAGAUGUGGGCAUGGCAAUUGGUGCUGGCACCGACGUCGCCAUUGAGGCCGCUGACAUCGUCCUGAUGAAGAGCAGCCUCGAGGACGUGAUCACCGCCAUUGAUCUCUCACGGAAGACCCUGUCAAGGAUCCGGCUGAACUACGUCUGGGCCCUGGGUUACAACGUCCUGGGCAUGCCAGUCGCCGCUGGCGUCCUGUUCCCAUUCAUGGGCAUCCGGCUGCCCCCCUGGCUUGCCGGCGCCUGCAUGGCGGCCUCGUCGGUGAGCGUCGUCUGCUCCUCGCUGCUCCUCCAGCUCUACAAGAAGCCGUUGCACAUUGAAGACGCGUCAGUGCCGGGGCCCAGGGAUGGCUCGGAUUUGGUGUGAAGACUGGUCCCUCAGUCGCGUUGUGCUAACAAAGAAACCUGCCCUUGGUUGGUUACAUCGAUGCUGGUAUGCACCAAGCAAACACCCAAACUAGCAAGUAUUGCUGAUUGCAAACGCCCUGCUUGCAGCUGCGGCUCUCCUGAUUUAUUCUUGUACAGAAAGUAAUUUCGUGCCAUUAUUUUCCCCUUUUGAAACAGUUUGCUGAUUGGUUGUCUAAUAAUUCAGAACAGACUUAUAUGCUGUUGAGGAUGGAUAUCUAUGAAAUAUUUUU